CUGGGAGGUUAACGGAUAACACCAUUACAGUGGGCUCAGAGACUGCCCGAGUGACAGAAGGACGAACCGAUGAUGCCGGCGGCGACCACCGUGGAGGGCGUAGUUCACAGAGUGCCCUAUCUCACAACUGCGGUUCGGAACCCUACUUUCUCCAGUCGGGGCUCCGCUUCUAUCCGGUUCCGCGCCUUGUCUUUUUCAGCAUCCGCCGCUUCUCCUCCUUCUACGGUGGUGGACGAACAGAAACUCGGACCCGGUUCUCUCGGACACAUCACGCGCCCCGACUUCCCUAUCCUCCAUCAGGAGGUAAAUGGCUCAAAGCUUGUGUACUUGGAUAAUGCUGCGACCUCUCAGAAGCCAACAGAUGUCUUGAAGGCAUUACAGACUUAUUAUGAAGGUUACAAUUCCAAUGUCCACCGUGGUAUCCAUUACUUAAGUGCAAAGGCAACAGAUGAGUAUGAGCUAGCAAGACGUAAGGUGGCAGCUUUCAUCAAUGCAUCUGAAUCUAAAGAAAUUGUUUUCACAAGAAAUGCUACAGAAGCUAUUAACUUAGUGGCUUACACUUGGGGACUCACAAAUUUAAAGCCGGGAGAUGAGGUCAUAGUCACAAUAGCUGAGCAUCACAGUGCAAUAGUACCCUGGCAAUUGAUUGCUCAAAGGACUGGUGUUAUCCUAAAGUUUGUGAGUUUGACAGACAAUGAAGUUCCAGAUAUAAUGGAGUUAAAAGAAACACUCUCAAGGAAGACAAAACUUGUUUGUGUUCACCAUGUCUCAAAUAUGCUAGCUUCUCUGCUUCCAAUUGAAGAAAUUAUAAGUUGGGCACAUGAUGUUGGAGCAAAGGUGCUUGUAGAUGCUUGCCAAAGUGUGCCACAUAUGGUAGUUGAUGUUAAGAGCCUAGAUGCUGAUUUUCUUGUUGCCUCAUCUCAUAAGAUGUGUGGGCCUACAGGCAUUGGAUUCUUGUAUGGUAAGAGUGAACUCCUAACUGCUAUGCCUCCAUUCCUGGGAGGUGGUGAAAUGAUAGCCGAUGUAUAUUUGGACCAUUCAACUUAUGCUGAGCCACCAUCCAGAUUUGAGGCUGGAACACCUGCAAUUGGAGAAGCUAUUGGGCUUGGAGCAGCCAUUGACUAUCUGUCUCAAAUAGGCAUGCAACGAAUUCAUGAUUAUGAGGUGGAGCUGGGUCAUUAUCUAUAUGAUAGCCUCCGCUCAGUACCCAGUGUUCGUAUCUAUGGUCCUGCACCAUCACAAACUGUAAAGCGGGCAGCUCUUUGUUCUUUUAAUGUUGAGGAUGUUCACCCAACAGAUAUCGCAACUUUCCUUGACCAACAGCAUGGUGUAGCUAUCAGAUCUGGUCACCACUGUGCUCAGCCUCUACAUCGCUGUUUGGGAAUCAGUUCGAGUGCUCGCGCUAGCCUUCACUUCUACAACACUAAAGAGGAUAUCGAUCACUUCAUAGAUGCACUGAAGGACACAAUCAGCUUCUUCACUUCUUAUAAAUGAUGGUUCUCUUAGGUGAUAAAUUGGGUUUCUGAUCUGUUGUCCAAAUGUAUACUUGGCCCAUGAUUUGGCAUCAUCUUGUCCAGUAGAAAAUCUCAUUGUAGUAUAACAACAUUUUGUGAACGUUCUUAAAUUAGAGUAUAAUACAUAACCUUCUUUUUUCA